UGGCAAUAUCUCUAACCGACAAAAAUCCACAGAGAACAUUAAAUGGGACCCAAAAAUCAGAAACCCAAAGAGAUCACGAUGAGGACACACACGACGAGGUGUCGCCGGCGAUGUCUCCUCCAUGCCUCCUCCUCCUCCUCCCCUCUCUCCUCCUCCUCUCCGCCGGCGAAUCCGCCCCCGCCUUCACCGUUGAGUUAACGGGAACCGCCGCUCGGAUGAUGAACAAAGCAAGAAAGGCCCACCAAUCGAGCGAGUUCCUCAACGCGCACAACACGGCGCGUGGUGUCCACGGCAUGCCACCCCUCCGCUGGGACGUGGGUCUGACCCGGUUCGCGUCCCAAUGGGCACGGAAACGAAAGGUCGAUUGCAAGAUGGUCCACUCGGGUGGACCGUACGGCGAGAACAUGUUCUGGUCACGAGCCAUGGCCUGGUCACCUUCCAAGAUCGUGGCUCAGUGGGUCGGAGAGCGCUCGAACUAUAACCCGACGUCGAACUCGUGCUCGCCUGGUUCAAUGUGCGGUCACUACACUCAGGUCGUGUGGCGAACCACCACUUCGGUCGGCUGCGCAAGCAUCAAGUGCUACAACGAGACUGGUUACCUCGCCGUUUGCGAGUAUAACCCACCGGGAAAUUACGAAGGGGAGAGACCUUUUGAUGCAACCGUAGUCACCGACACGUGAAUAAUCAUAUGAUAUAUUUACAUUGUAAGAUAUAUACAUACAUAUAUGUAGUGAUGCCCUUUAGGAUAAGCUUUAAUGUUGUUUGUCACUCGAGGCUUCAAGAUGGUCCUCGUUCGUUAUACAAAGAAAAUGUAUUUCGAUCUCUGUGGUUUGAAUGUUUUUG